AUGCCCGUCAUACCUCCAGAGCGGCUGGUGAAGCUGCAAAAUCGAGGCCAAGGAAUUCGCAACAUCUGCAUUCUGGCCCACGUAGAUCAUGGCAAAACCUCCCUGACCGACGCACUGAUUGCCACAAAUGGCAUUAUCUCACCCAAACUUGCCGGCAAGAUCCGCUACCUGGAUUCGCGGCCGGACGAGCAAUUACGCGGUAUCACCAUGGAAUCGUCUGCAAUCUCCCUUUACUUCUCGUUGCUGCGAAGGAGUGCGCCAGAAGCAGAACCUGAGCAGAAGGAGUAUCUGAUCAACCUCAUCGAUUCUCCAGGCCACAUCGACUUUAGCUCCGAGGUCUCGACCGCCUCAAGGCUUUGUGAUGGUGCUAUCGUCCUUGUAGAUGCUGUCGAAGGUGUUUGCUCUCAGACCGUAACCGUGCUACGUCAGACAUGGGCCGAGAAGCUGAAGCCGCUGCUAGUGAUCAACAAGAUGGAUCGUCUGAUCACAGAACUAAAGCUAAGUCCUGGCGAAGCAUAUACUCAUCUUUCCAAGUUGCUUGAGCAGGUCAAUGCAGUCAUGGGCAGCUUUGCUUUAGGUGAGCGCAUGGAAGAUGACCUGCGGUGGCGAGAACGUAUCGACGAAAAGGUCAGCGCUGCAUCGGCCGCGAAAGACCAAGAUGCAGAGAGCGCCAAUGGUUCCACAAACGCACGAAAAGGUAGUCUUGCCCAAGAUGACGAAGGAAUAGUGACAGCCAGCAUACCAGCUGAGUACGAGGAGAAAGAUGAUGAGGACAUAUAUUUCGAACCCGAGAAGAACAAUGUUAUCUUUUGCUCAGCUGUCGAUGGUUGGGCUUUCACUCCACGACAAUUCGCGGGCAUAUACGCGAAGAAGCUCGGCAUCAAUAGGAACGCACUUGAGAAGGUCCUAUGGGGAGACUUCUACCUGGACCCGAAGACGAAGCGCAUCUUGGGACCUAAGCAUCUCAAGGGACGUCACCUGAAGCCUAUGUUCGUGCAGCUCGUGCUCGAGCAGAUCUGGGCCGUGUACGAAGCAACUCUGGGCGGUCCAAACAACAAGGGCGAUCAGGCACUACUCGAGAAAAUAGUCAAGAGUCUCAACAUCAACAUACCUGCGCACGUUAUGCGAUCACGCGAUCCGAAAGCAUUGCUCAGCGCUGUAUUCUCUGCUUGGCUCCCUGUUUCGACGGCUGUCCUGGUGUCUGUGACGGAAGGGCUUCCCUCGCCACAAGCAGCGCAAGAAGCCAGAAUGCCCGCGCUGCUAGAGCAGUCUCCAGGUUCGGAACAUAUCGACGGGAAGAUCAAAGAGGCCAUGACACACUCGAAUGCAGCUAUCGGGGAGCCUACAGUGGCGUACGUGAGCAAAAUGGUCUCGAUACCAGAAAACGAGUUGCCGACCAACAAGCGACGUGGCGGUGCGCUCACUGCUGAAGAAGCUCGCGAACUUGGCCGCAAGAAACGUGCUGAAAUUGCCAAGGCACGGGCACAAACGAAUGGUGAAGCCAGCGUUGACUCCAUCGCAGAUGCAUUGACCAGCGCUGCUAUCGGUGAUGAUGACGAUCUCGACCAAGCUAGUGAUGCCAACGAAGAGAAUGUCGAUCCAGAGCACUUGAUCGGGUUCGCACGACUGUUGUCUGGCACGCUGACCGUUGGUGAUGUGGUCUACGUCCUACCGCCGAAGUUCUCUCCUGCACGGCCACACGCCAAUCCUCAGCCCAGGAAGGUGACCAUCACGGCGCUGUAUCUGCUGAUGGGCCGUAGCUUAGAGAGCCUCAACUCGGUUCCGGCAGGUAACAUCGUUGGUAUUGCUGGUCUUCAAGGUGCGAUCCUCAAAAACGGUACCAUCUCAUCGCGACUCGAAGGCGCCCCAAACUUGUCAUCCACCUCAGCCAUUUCCACAAACGCGCCCAUCGUGCGAGUCGCUCUCGAGCCGUCGAACCCGGGAGAUCUCGACAAGAUGGUCCGUGGUUUGCGUCUACUGGAGCAAGCUGAUCCCGCAGUAUCGUAUGAACAGCUCGAGAGCGGCGAGCAUGUCAUCUUGACAGCAGGCGAGCUGCACCUCGAGCGGUGUCUGAAAGAUCUCAGAGAAAGAUUCGCAAAGUGUGACAUACAAGCUGGUGAGGCGAUCGUGCCGUAUCGAGAGGGUAUUGUCAAAGCAGAGGAGAUAAAUGCUCCAAAGGAUCCUGCUCUUGGCCGAGGUCGGAUCGACGGUGUCACAUCUAGUAAGCAAGUUACUAUACGCCUUGGUGUUCGUCCUUUGCCAGCGCCAGUCACCGAGUUCCUAGUCAAGCAUACGGGAGCUGUCAAACGUCUGUAUUCCGAGCGCAAAGCACAGGAAGAGGAACGCUUGACUGGUGGCGCGGAGAAGAAUGGCGCUCAGCCGGAAGAGCCAGUCGAACAAGAGGUCGACGCCGAAGACACAUCCGACGAGGGAGGUCAGCAACUGAGUAUGGCUGAGUUCAAGCAAGGCCUGACUGACGCUUUCGCCGAGGAGAAAAUUGAUCGAGAAAUCUGGAAGGACGCUGUCGAAAAGAUCACCAGCUUUGGUCCACGUCGCGUUGGACCGAAUAUACUGAUUGAUGCCACACGAGCUGGUAUCUGCGGCAAGUUCUUACGAGAAGAACACGAGGAACCUACAGACCACGAGGGAGACAAUGCUUCAACACUGGCAGAUAAGAUCGCCUACGGCUUCCAGCUUGCCACUAACCAAGGUCCGCUAUGCCACGAGCCAAUGCAAGGCGUGGCCGUGUUCCUUGAAGAUGUACAGACAGAGCUCGGCGAGGAUGAGGUGAGCGCCAACAUUGGUCGCCUUACUGGCGAGAUCAUUCGCACAGUCCGAGAGUCCGUUCGUCAAGGUUUCCUUGAUUGGAGUCCGCGUAUCCUGCUUGCCAUGUACAGCUGCGAGAUUCAAGCAUCGGCUGAAGUGCUGGGUCGUGUUUACUCCGUCAUCACCCGGAGAAGAGGUCGUAUCGUGAGCGAAUCACUUUUGGAACCAUCGACGAACUUCACGAUUCAGUGUUUGCUGCCGGUUGCUAUGUCUUUCGGAUUCUCCGAUGAGAUCAGGCAGCGCACAUCUGGCUUCGCACAGCCGCAGCUAGUCUUCGAAGGAUAUGAGGCAGUCGAUCAGGAUCCUUACUGGGUGCCUCGCACCGAGGAAGAGCUAGAAGAUCUUGGUGAGCUUGCUGAUAAGGAGAAUGUCGCACUAAGAUACGUUGACGGUGUCAGAGGCCGCAAAGGGCUGGCUGUCAAGAAGAAGGUUGUCGAGAGUGCCGAAAAGCAGAAGACGCUCAAGCGGUAG